UAUAUAUUUGACCAUAAAAAUAACAAAAGGUAAUUAGGAAAAGCAAGUUAUUUGUUUUCAGUUAGUCUUUUGUAUAAUUUAUUCCUUAGAUCUCUACUACUUUUACAUUUGCUCUGCUCGGUCCAGUACGCGUUAGCGAUUAACGCCUUCCUCUCUUUCCCCUCCUUUUUUUCCACUUAAACUCAGUUAUUCCAAUAUUUGCACUAUAAUUUUGAGAAUAUAUUCCGAUUUUUUUUUAAUUUGGCGGGCGAUUUCAGUGUACUUUCAUUAGCCAAACUUAAACAUCUAGCGAGUCUAAAUAGUCAAAGAGCGAGUCAGAUCCUUUUGUAGUUGGUCUUAGAACACAUUAAAAACAUUCGAUUUAUAAUCGAUUUUGAUGGUUCCUAUUGUUCAAUCUAUGGUUCAUUUUUAACUUCAAGCUCUAAUUAUCUGUCAAUUUUAUAUGUCGAACUUGUCAAAAGUGUUUCGAUAAAUACUUUAAAUUACUAAUUUUGAGUUACUUUUGUGUAUAAUAUAAUUGGGUUUCUUGUUUACGUUUCUGGAAUUCGGAUUUGGAAUAGACUAUACCUGUCUACCUAAUACCAAGGAAACAUAUUCUUACCUUCAUUUGUCGUCUGUGGUACUUCCCCUAUGCCAUAAAAUCAAUGUGGUCUAUGUCUGUAAUCUCAAGCACAGAUUAUAGAAGAGCAGGAGAUACUCUGUGGUUGUGCGUGGAGUAAAUCAUGCCAUGGGAACUUAGAAGAACGUGAAAUCUUUAUGAAGCAGCGCCAUCUACAUUCUAGAUUUAAGAUUCCAGGAUAGUAAAUUCAAUGAAUUAAGGUGUGUAUGUAAUAAAAUGUUUUUAGAGAUUGAAACCGUAUAAGCACGGAAAAAAAAGCGAAAAAAGAAGAAUUAUUUUUCCUUUUAAUUCUGACGCGUAAUAGGAAGAAUGUGUUUGUAUUUUUAAAGCAAAGGGAUUAUUUAAGAAAGACAGUAAGUAUACAUUAAUUUCAACGUCGUUUCACAUAGUCAUUUGGCCUAGUGGUGUAUAACAAAGGUACAAUCUAAUAAUCCUGAGUUCGAGCCCGGGUGGACAACUUUUGUCUUUUUUUUGUUUUUCUUAAUUGGUUUCUUCAACUAUUACAAAAUCAAAAAUCUCUCGCUUUACAAAAACUAUGCAUAAUUAUUUUUAUAACAUAAUGGAUACUAUACUAAAAAUACCGUGGCUAGUUACUAGAUGGCGCUAUCACAGGCGUUCCGAAAAAAAAUAGAGUAGCCUAUCUAUUACCAAUAAUACACUGUAAUCUUUGGAGUAAAUAUGUUCCUUGGCGUGGAGUGUGUUUUUGUUUUGUUUUCAAAUUUCAGUUUUCUUUUUCUCUAAUUUCUUUUUAACAAGGAAAAGAAUAUAAUUUUCUUAUUUAUUAAAUUUUUUCUUUAGUGUGAUAAGUGUGUUUUUUCCAAAUAUGUCUUGGAGGGAAGAUGAAGAGCAUCCAAAGGAGUUUGAUGAUCUGCUUGAUCAUGAGGAUCUUGAUGAAGGAGAGAGCUCGAGUGUAGAGUUGGACAGUGAUGAUGAAGAGUCCAUGGAGAUUGAGGAGCUGGAUACUAGUGGAGAAGAAGAAGAGGAGUGGGAAGAGAAUAAUGAGGAAGAUGAGGUGUGGGAAGAGAAUAAUGAGAAAAAUCAGAAGCUGGAACCAGAGACUCCAGGAUUAACUCCUAGCACACCACCAGAGUGCCGCCAGAGUGUACCUCAAAUGGAUGAAGAAAUGCCGCAUCAUUCCCGAGACAGGUCUCGGUCGCCAGUCAGGCUCAAUUUUUUACCAGAAGAAGACGCGGUGGUGCUAGUGAUUGGCGAAGAUGGCGUGGAACAGAAUGGUGCCGGCGAUUUCUUAGCCCCGGAUGCCCACGUCAUGUAUGUGUCCCCUGAGGAGCGUGAUAGGAAUUUAAGAAAUGAGAGGUAUGAAAGAAGAAUGAGUGGGCGAAGGGGCGUUAGGGGCGCGCGAGGACAGCGCGGACGUGGGCGUGGGCAUCCGAGCCAGGGCCGGAGGGGGAACCUUAGGUGGGAGGUGGGACACCCACUUAAUGAAAUUUGGACGACAGAUGCAGACGUCCCCUCGGAAUUGGUAAGUUUGGCGAGGGAUGUAAUGAGGAGACGUAAGGAGAGUAUACAAGAUGCUGAACGUAACGCUGAACGACAGAUUGCUGUUAGCGAGAGCGAGAGCGAUGAGGAAUAUCUUGAUGCCCUUGCUGGAGAGGAUGGUCUCCCAAGGCUGGAAAGCCAGAAUCUCCACUUUGAAUGGUCUACCAUGGAGACCUUUCAAGGUAAGGAGGAAAAUUUUAGACAAGAGCGUACUGGUUCUGUGCUUAGCCACAGUUCGGCUUAUGAUGCGUUUCGUUCUUUUUGGGGCGACGACAUCUUAGACCAAAUUGUAACUGAAACGAACCGAUACGCUACUAAAAUUGUAUCCACCGCUUUUCAGUCUGAUUGGUCGCCAACAAAUAGGCAUGAAAUUUUGUGCCUCUUUUCGUUCUGGAUGAUGCUGGGGAUCAUCAGAAUGCCAACGAUCACAAGUUGCUUUUCUGGUGAUCCCCUUAUGAGAACAGAAGUUUUCAAACGCAUCUUCACACGAAGGAGGUACGAAACACUAAUAAAGGCCUUAAAUUUUACUGUUUCCGACCCCUCUAUUGACGAUUCAAAUCCCUCCAACACUGGUGUUGCAAGCUUGGAUCGAUUACACCAUUUGAGACCAAUAAUUACGCAUUUAAAUUCAAAAUUUCAGUCGAAUUAUAUUUUAGAUAAAGACAUUUGCAUAGAUCAGAGUCUGACACUUUGGAAAGGAAAAUUAAAUAUCAAACAGUAUAUUCGGUCCAAUGCUGCAAAGUUUGGUAUCAAGACCUUUGAGCUUUGCGAGAGUACCACCGGAUAUCUGUGGUCGUUCAUUGUUUACACCGGUAAACAAUCCGGAAUGGAUGUGGAGCAGUUACCUGGGGUACUCAAAAGUUCAGCUAUAGUGAAAAAGCUCAUUGGUCCCCUACUAAACAAAGGUUAUAGAUUGUUUAUGGACAAUUGGUGUAAUUCACCCCUAUUAACGAGAUAUCUUAAGCUCAAUGGUACCGACUGUGUUGGUACCUUGAGGUCUUCACGUGCAGAUGUUCCCGUCGUAAUAAAUAAGGCUCCACUUAAAAAGGGAGAAUAUAUUGCGAGACAUUCCGGUGAUGUCUCAAUAUUAUCUUGGCAAGACAAAAAACGAGUAACCAUGAUAUCUACUUGUCAUGAUUCAUCCACUGCCUUGCCUACAGUCUCUUCUAGACCUAAAUCUCGGCCAAUACCAUUUAAACCUCAAAUGGUAUUAGAUUACAACAAAUUCAUGGGAGGGAUAGAUUUGAAAGACCAAAUGCUCGAGCCUUAUUUAUUAGAAAGAAAACGUGGUAUUAAGUGGUACAUGAAACUAUUUAAACGAUUACUUAAUAUUUCUAUUCUUAACGCACGUAUUCUCCUCCAGUCAUCCACACAGAAACAGCAACACCACUUAGCUUUCCGCCUUCAGCUUGUAGACUCCAUCCUCACAAAACACUUGGCAUUUUGUCCAAAAGGGCGUGUUUUACUUACUGCCCGGACCAUCCCUGGAAGGUACACAGAAUCUACUCACUGGCCGGCUCUACAUGAACGGACGCCGAGCAGUGCUGCGCGCAAUCGCAACCAUAUCAAGCGUUGUGUUGUCUGCUAUAGCGAAGGCCGGACAACACAGCGCAGUGCAUAUCGUUGCGAAUCUUGUGACGUGCCACUGUGUAUAAUAAACUGCUUCAAAGUUUAUCAUACACGACUCACAUAGUAGUUUUGUUCUUCAUUUCUCUUUCAUUUAUUUCCAAUUGUACAUAAAUAACUACAUUAUGAAUGUAGAGUGAAAGUUAAAUGUAAUGCGAGGUCAUCUGUACUGUAUUUUAUUGUGUAUGUAUUUUUGUGUGCUUUGCACAUACAAUAUGUGCGGUAUUUUGUGGCCCUAGAUUGUUAACUUCGAUGGGGCUAUCUACUACUAUACUUAAAAUUUACCUCAAUGUGAUUCUUUUUUACCGAUUAAAAAACGGAAAGAGAAACGCCUAAUUUACAGAGUGGUCCUAUUUUGAUAAUUAUUUGGUAUUGGAAAGGGUAGAAGUAUUAUACAUAUUAUAUUAUAUUAUUUUUGUUAGAGUUUUCUCUUUCACGACCCAAAAGUCUGUUUUAAUAAAUACUCCGUCCUGCGGCCCGCAGGAAAAAGAAUAUUUAGUAUAUUAAGUCACCUCCUUUAGUUGUUUCUCCUUCUUGCUCUAUUCUUUCCCCUUCCCCUUCUUCUUUGCUGAGUUUAUGUUGCGUUUUGUGUUUGACUAUUUGUUGUUAUUAAUGUUUGAUUAGUAUUCUGUAAAUUUAACGUAUUGUUAAUGUUGUUUUAAGAUUCGUGUGUGUUUUGGUCUGUAAUUUGUGUGUUGUAAACAGAAACAAACUCUCCAAAAAGUUUGCUAAUUAUGGUCGAGGUUUGAAUAGCUGCUUGUUUUAGUAGAAUGGUUAUAUCAAUGUUUGCGUCUAGUUUCUCUAUGUAUUUUUCCAAACUAUUAGCCACAACACCUGUUGCACCUAUUACUAUAGGGAUAACAACCGUUUUAGUAUCUCAUAGUCUACUUAGUUCUGUUUUUAAUAAAUGGUAUAUACUGAG